CUCACAAGUUACAACAAUCGACGCCGUCUCCGCAAUUUGAUUCCUCUCUAGUCCCCGCCCCAAACCCGAUGGGCAUUGCAGAUUGCAAUAGCAAGCACCAUGCACUCGCCAAAGGCUCUACACUCGAUCGUCACGCAGGUCGUGGACGUCAAAGGAAUUCCAGCCAAGGGCGAUGCAUUAGGCAGCCCCACCGUGAUUUCUCCCUUGCCCCAAUACAGCGAGGUUGCAAGUCCAUUAGGGCAUCGAGACCUUGACUUCUCCCGCUUGACGUUCGGGGAGAUGGAACAGCUGUACGAUGAAAAGCUCGCAGACAUCGCCAAACCGGUCUCACUCUACGAAACAAAAUCCCUGGCAGCCACUUCAGUCCUCCCCUCAGGUCUGACCUGGUCCUCCCAUCCAACCUCUUUCACUGUCCGCAUCACCUCUCUCUCCCUCGCCAAACCUCGGCAAGCGAACAACAAUAACAUCCAUUUCCGGUUCGCGUUCCAUCAUGAAAAGAAGAAGUCUGCAGCUGCAAAGUACCCGGAUGGCUUCGUAGGAGCGGAGUGGGAAUUUGAGUGUAGCUACCAUACACUGGUGUUUGAUGCGUUGAAGGUGGAUGUGUGGGAGAGUGGAGGCGGGAUCUUUGGUGCGGAGAGGUGUUUAGGGAGGUGCUUUGUCAAGAUGGCGAAGUUGGAGGAGGUUACGGGGAGGGUCCAUGGAAUAUACGAAUUGCAACAACGGAACGCACAAUCCAGCCGCAAGGGGUCCGCCAAAGGACAGGACAUUGGCACGAUCGGCAUUGAACUCCGUUUCAAGGGCGAGUCGGCAGGCGGCGACGACGACCACACCACCCUCAGCCGUUUUCCUACGACACCUGAGGGAUACGACACCCUUCCACAGGAUUCUGCCCACGGUGCCCUCGUCGACAAAUGGAUCGGGCACUCCCAGCAGGAGGAAGAGGAGGAGUACAUGGACUCCUUCCGCGAAGCCCAUGUCCAGGAGAGGAAGCUGCCCACGGGCCCCGAAACCAAGACAUUCGCUGGCCGAGCGCGGUCGAUUAUCAGCAUGCGAAGCACAAUCACAGCCAUCACCACCAUGACAACAACCAGCACAAACACAACGGCUUCAUCGAAUAAGCGCCCUGAAAGUACGAUGGCGGGCAUGAAGGAGGCGUCGCAGCUGGCUUCGGCGUUGUUCGGCACCGGGUGGAGGUUGAACAAGUUGGAGAUUGCGAGGGCGUGGUUGUUCUUGGGGAAGUAUCAUCGGGAGCGUUGUCCCAACCCAACGACGAACAAUGUUGUAACCGCCCACCGCCAAAUCCGGGUCGCCUGCUACUUCCUCAACUACGCCAUGGCGGCCUACGGCAGUCUCAUGCUCAACUUCUACGGCCGUGGCAAAGGCUACAUCCGCGACACGCUCCGCCCGAAAAUGGACUCGAAGUCCGCGCGAGAGCUUUUGGGCCUGAGGAAGGAGGAUUUGCUGGUUUGGGACUUUGAGACGGAGCUGUUCAAGCCGCAGUUUUUCAUUGCGAGGGAUCCGAAGUUGAAUGCGCUUGUUGUUACUGUUCGGGGGUCUUUGAAUAUCAACGAGCUAAUAGUCGACGUGUGCGGUGACUACACCUCCUUCUCACACGGCUACGCACACAAAGGCAUGCUCCGCUGCGCCGAGUACCUCGAACGUAACUACCUCGCCCGUCUCAAAACCUGGGUGCAGCAAUACCGCUGCUCCGCCAUCUACGUCGUCGGCCACUCCAUGGGCGGCGGGGUCGCAUCCCUCUUCGCCAUGAUCCUCGCCUCCCACUCGGCUGAACUCACCGAGUUGAGUGGGAACUCACGGUUUAGAGUGAAGGGGUACUGUUUUGGCACGCCGGGGUUGGUGAACCCGGAGUUGAGCAGGGAUUUUGAGGAGGUUUUGGAGACGUACGUGUUAGAGAACGAUUUGAUGGCGAGGUUGUCGUAUGGGAGUGUGUGCGAUUUUAGAGCGAUGGUGGGGAAAGUGGCGGAGGUGAGGGGAAUGAAGAAAUUGAGUACGCAGAACCGCAUGCGCCUCCUCUCCAACUACCACCAUCAACUACGUGAAAGCGCCGAGAACCCCAAACUCCUCAUUCCCGGCAAAGUCUUCUACAUCUACCCCACUCCACCCAAACCGUCAUCGAAAUCCUCAAAACCGCAACCGUUAACAACCGGAAACCCCCUCAUCGACGACCCGGCCCCUCACUACCUCGUCGAACGCACGGAACCGGAAUAUUUUUGUGAUUUCAUGUGGAAGGAGGAGUGUGUGGUGCAGCAUCAGCCGCAGCGGUAUUGGAAGGCCUUGAGGGCGGCCCAUGAUUAUCUGCGGGAACAUGAGAAGAAUAUCGCCAAGCUCAAUUAUUAAGCUUUUGUUCCAUCGGACUACCAAGUUUCCCAUGGCCCAUCUGUGACAUCCAGACCCGAGUUCUCUUACACAGUCAAUUUCACCGGACAUACAAAUCUCUUCUUUCACGCAUGAUAGGGCGCAUGAGAACAUGCCCUACAUAGCCACUAAUCUUGUACAUUUUCAGCUUUUUGUUUAAUCCCCUUUCUGUUAUACCCCGAGCCAGUGCUCAUGAUCGUUUUUUCAUCAGGAUGUAACCUGCCAUAUAGUUUAGACAUGGGGCCUGGCGCCCCUCUUCUUAGGCUUAGUCGUUUUUUUUUGCAUAUUUUCGGCGUAAUGCAUGACUUUGUUGGUGCCCCGUAAUUGACGUCCAUGGACCUCAUCGAACAAGGACGGUUGCAUCAAGGGAGAAAUGUACGUAUUGAUCAGG